GUGAACAAACACAAAACAAAAAACGGCAAGCAGCACGAAGACAAGCCACUUUAAGUUGCUGAGAGAUCUCCCUUCACUCAAACAGCCUUUGUCCCAGUGCAUCAUUAAAGUUGUAGGUGAUGUUAAGAAUAUUAAUCAUAAUAAAUAAGGAAGGAAAAUUACAAAACACGCAGGUGGUCAAUGUCACGAUCCAAAAGAAUAACACAAUUUAAAAAAAAAAAAAAUUUAGUAAGCAUAAUUCCUUAAUAUUGGCCUUGUAUCGGAAAGGUUCACAGUGCAGGCACGUCUACACUUUAACAAAAAUCACUGAAUAAAUAUGUGAAUAAAUGCCUGCCCCCUUUUGAUUUAUUCAUGGCUUUCGCAAUGUUUCGACUGCAAGGUCCGAUCGCUUUCUGUAGCGAACAUUAUAUUGCGUUAUUUCCACCUGAUUAAAUAAAAAUCCCCGCUUGUGUUUUUCUUUUGUUGUAAUACGCAUCCAAAGAAAGGGUUGGUCUAUUGUGGAGGAUUAUCUGAGGCAGUAUAUGGUCCCUAUGAGCGACAAAAAAAAAAAAAAAAAUCUGUUCCAGACAACGGAUUAGGUUUGAAGGCUGCGAGGGGGGCUUUCCGAGACGACAAAUACACUUAUUUCAUAAAGGAAGCGUUUUUAUUAGAGCAAAUACGUGGACUCACAGAGGAUUGCACUCACGGCGUCAACGCAUAUUUCCAGCAGUUUCUCCCGCCCUCUCUUCCAAAAAAAAAAAAAAAAAGAAAAACCCCGGCUUGACAUCCUUGUGCAGCAGAAGUACCGUGCAUCAGCAAUGACAUAUUGAAUUUUAAACCAGGCGCUAUUGUGGUUGACUGAAAAGUAUUGACUCAUUCAGCUUUGCAUCUCGCAGUGCGUGGGUAUUUUAUUUACUUUACAAAAUAUCACAAUGGAAGGAAAUAAAGCAACUCGAGGUCAUCUUCAAUAACACGGACCGCAUGACACUUCUCCGCCGAACGAACUGCUUCUCCACCGAUAAAAAAAAAAAAAAAAAAAAAAUCCACUUAUCGAAAGUGGGUCGAUUAUAUGUUCAAUUAAUUGCAGCUCAACCUUUAACUAAGUGUUGAUUCCGCUGGGGAUACAAGGCUUCAGCGACUCGCAGGGCUCACCCUCCCUGACUAGGCGAACGAACGCGAGCUGAAAAACACUUGGCUUUAUUCCUCCUCCCUCCUCCUUUUCUUUUCUUUCCAGCGUGUUACAGAUUUUAGUCUUGACUCUGCUUGUGUGAUAUUUUAUUGUGUGUGUGUCUGUGCGCGCGUGUGUGUUUGUGUGUGUGUAUGUGAAGAUGGAAGUCGGCGUGUGAUGUAGCCAGGCUCAUAUAGGCGGCAGUACAUGCGCAGUGGCCAUUUGUGCCAUAUUGGAAUGAGGUCGUGGACGAGAAACUGCGUAAAGCUGACGAGACGCAGCUCGCGCGAUACCGGAAGUGGCUGGAUUUAAUCCUCGGCGCAGGAAAAAGAAGCUCCCGCUUGUUGCUUUGGCGACGGCUCGCGACACCGGCCGUGGGCAACGUCUUACUUUGAAAGGACGAACCGGGGCUCGGGUUUUUUUUCUAUUCACGUUGGAUUAACACUGCUGCGAGCGAGCGAGCAGGCGGAGAGGAACGGCAUCUAAAAAACCGACUUGGAAAAACUACUUAGCGGUUCAGUCAGAGUCUCGGGUGCUGCAGAAACACUCCGGCAGACUGCAGUUAGCUGUGGUCCACACAGACUGUUAAGUAGCUCCUAGUUUUGGCCUUGAGGGGGCACCAGCAUGAGUCAGGAGACACUGGAGUCUGAUGGAGAAUCUGCUCAGGAUGUGCCCGAUUUUAACUGGGAUGACUACCUGGAGGAGGCCGGAGCCGUGUCUGUGCCCCAUCACAGCUUCAAACAUGUGGACCAGGGCCUCCAGACGGGACUGACUCCGGGCAUGAAGCUGGAGGUAUGCGUGCGCUCCGAGGCAGACAACCCUUACUGGGUGGCCAACAUCAUCACCACAUGUGGCCAGCUGCUGCUGCUGCGCUACGAGGGAUACCUGGACGACCGCCGCGCCGACUUCUGGUGUGACAUCAUGACGGCAGACCUCCACCCUCUGGGGUGGAGCCGGCAGCAUGGCAAGAGCAUGAGGCCACCUGAGGGUGUGCGUGAGAAGCAUCAGGACUGGGAGCCUCUGCUGGAAAAGGCCUUGGCCGAGGAGUGCAGCGCUCCUGCCAACCUGCUGGAAUUGCCUCAGCGUGGUAGAGACCCGGUGGAUCUUCUGUCCGCCGGCUGCUACGUGGAGCUCCAGGACGGCGCUGACCCGGGGCUGGCUUGGGCGGCUGAGGUUGAGGAGAAUGUCGGAGGAAGGCUGAAGCUGCGCCUGCUAGGCACAGAGGGCCUUCCAGACACACCGGCAACCCUGUGGCUCUUUUAUCUCCACCCACGCCUACACCCACCCGGCUGGGCCAAAGAGCGCGGCUGCACCCUCAGGCCUCCUUCAGACCUGUUAGCGCUGCGGAGUGAGGAGCAGUGGGAGGAGGUGAGGCAGAGGAUUAAUGACCUGCCUCAGGAUGAAGCUCUGACUGCAGAGUUUGCAAAGGAUCAGCCUGCCAUUGCUCCUCAUUCUUUUAAGGAGGGGAUGAAACUGGAGGCUGUUGACCCUGCUGCGCCUAUUUCCAUCAGACCUGCUACUGUCACCAAGGUGUUCAAUGAGCAGUACUUCCUGGUGACCAUGGACGACCUUUGCGGCGCUGAGGAGUCAGAGGGUGCAGGCCGGUCUAUCCUCUGUCACAGAGACAGCCCAGGGAUCUUCCCUAAUCAAUGGAGCCUCAAAAACGGCCUCACUCUCAGCCCCCCGCCAGGAUACCAGGGACCAGACUUCGACUGGGCAGAUUACUUGAAACAGUGUGAGGCUGAGGCUGCUCCUCAGCAUUGCUUCCCAACUGAGCAGUGCGACCACAGCUUCAAAGAGGGCAUGAGACUCGAGGCUGUCAACCCACUGUCACCUGAGAACAUUCACGUGGCAACAGUCACCAGGGUCAAAGGACAAUACCUUUGGCUCAGCCUGGAAGGUCUGAAGCAGCCACUGCCAGAGGUGAUAGUUCAUGUGGACUCCCUUGACAUCUUCCCCGUCAGCUGGUGUGAGACAAACGGCUAUCCACUCGUCUACCCCAUCAAGCCCUCAGUGGAGAAAGAAAGGAAGAUUGCUGUGGUGCAGCCAGAGAAGCAGAGAACUCCACCCAAGUCACCUGACACUGUCAAGCAGCAGGUGGCAAAUCCGUCUGAAACAGGGCAGGGGAACGGGAAGUACUGCUGUCCCAAGAUCUACUUCAACCACCGUUGUUUCUCGGGGCCUUACCUCAACAAGGGACGCAUCGCAGAGCUGCCUCAGUUCAUUGGCCCUGGAAAUUGUGUCCUAGUGCUCAAAGAGGUACUGACUCUGCUGAUAAAUUCGGCAUACAAACCCAGCCGUGUGCUGAGAGAGCUGCAGCUGGACCAGGAGAGCCGCUGGCAAGGCCAUGGGGAGACACUCAAAGCCAAGUACAAGGGAAAGAGUUAUCGGGCCACUGUGGAAAUUGUCCGUACCGCAGACCGUGUGGCCGACUUCUGCAGGAAAACGUGCAUUAAGUUAGAGUGCUGCCCGAACCUGUUUGGACCUCGCAUGGUUCUGGAGCGCUGCUCGGAGAACUGCUCCGUCCUCACCAAGACCAAAUACACAUAUUACUACGGAAAGAAGAAAAGUAAACGUGUCGGUCGUCCACCCGGGGGCCAUUCAAAUCUGGAGGGUGGAGUGAAGAGGAGAGGGCGGAGGAGGAAGAGGAGGAAGCAGCUCUUUGUCCAUAAAAAGAGACGUUCUUCAGCUUCAGUGGACAACACACCUGCUGGAUCUCCACAGGGCAGUGGAGAGGAGGAAGACUUGGAUGAAAAUGACUCCCUGAGUGAAGACACUGGCUCUGAGAUGCAGGAUGAUCUGCAGGAUGACUCUGAGCAGUCAGUAGGGAAAUCUCAGCCCACCACACCCUCCCCUUCCCCGCCGGCAACACCGAGGCCAACGCGUAGACGCAGAAAACCCCGCUCGCCUUCAUUUUCUGAUGACGAGAAUCACCCGCCUUCACCAAAGACGUCAAAGGCUGAGCCUCCUCAGAAGCUGUGUUUGGACACCAGCCCCCUGGAGUGGAGCGUUACAGAUGUGGUUCGCUUCAUCAGGACCACUGACUGUGCACCUCUUGCAAGGAUUUUCUUGGAUCAGGAGAUUGACGGACAGGCGCUGCUGCUGCUGAACCUCCCGACAGUGCAGGAGUGCAUGGACCUCAAACUGGGACCGGCCAUCAAGCUGUGCCACCACAUCGAGAGGGUCAAGCUGGCAUUUUAUCAGCAAUUUGCUACGUAGCUGAUGGGGAAAGAACAUGGGACAAGACUGCAUCCUGUUCUGUGUGUUAAUCCUGUGAAAAAAAAACAAAAAACAAUGCAUUUUCCCAUUUUUACUUUUCUAACACUGGACAUCUUUUGGAAUCCUGCUCAUACCACAUCCUGUCGGACAUAAGAGAGACAAGGAAACAUUUCUUCAUCCUUGGGGGAAGAAAAGGGAUGCAGAAAUGAAAAACAGUUUCAGGCUUUUGAAAAGCCUCUCAGAAAGACUGAAAAUGAGGAACUCAAGGCAACUGUGAUGACACAGAAGAGUGUAGAUGCUUUUAUUAAAUUCAGCUAAAUCAAGCCGUCAUCAAGAGAUCAUUUUCAAGUUGAAACUGGUUUAUUUCUGCCCUUGUUAUAACUGAGGCUUUUUAACUUAAUUUUGUCUUGUGAGGGCGUUCAUAUCUCCUCUUUAUUUUUUUUUUCUUUUAAUGAGACUGACUGUGCAUCACUGCUACAACUCUGUUGGUGUGUCCAUUCAUAAUUUCCAGCCUGCCUUGUUUUCUUAAAAAGGUUAUACCACUGAAUCAAA